AUGAUUUAUGGGCUUUUUCGGGAUGGAGAUGUUAAAUGUGCUGAAAAUGUGUUUGAGAACAUGGAGAACAAAGACAUUGUGUCUUGUAAUUCCUUGAUAUCUGAUUGCUUUAUGGCGUUUGACAACAUGCACUUGAGAGAUGUGAUUUCUUGGAAUUUGAUUAUUGCGGGCCUAGUGAAGGAUGGGGAUUUUGAUAAGGCUGAGGAUGACGAGGACUAUGGUGGUAGUUCGGGCUCCCAAAUUUCGCAAUUACGCAAGGUCCCUCAUGUAGGAGGCGUGAACCGCAUAUGCCAAAAUCCUCAUAUUUAUACGAGCCAUGUUCAGGUGCGGGAUUUGAGCUCGCAAUUGAAGGCUUUGGUAGGAAGAGAUAUUGAGACUCUCCAUUGGGACUCGUUUGUGAAUGAUCGGGAAAAACAAUAA